AUGAGGGUGAGAUCAAGAUUGUUCGGCCGGGCAGGUGACAUUGUGUAUGUAAAGGUAGUUGUAUUUCUCCUCCCAUCAUUCUCUUCACUGUCCAUCGAUCUCAAUGGACCUCAAGCUGCAGGACUCGACUAUCAAGUUGAAUGGCUGGAAGGGGGCGGUGCAGUGUACCUUGCUGCACACUCUACAUCAGUAGCAUCCAGUGAGCCAACGAAUGACACAGUUGCAGAGUGUCUGGUCAUUCGUGGUGACACAUUUCGAUCGCAGGAAGUCACACUUAAUGUCUCUGCUGACUCGAACUUUACCAUCACUACGAACAGCUCCACCCUGCAAGUCUGUCGACGUGAUGUAUCCAUGCAACACGAUCUCCAGCCUCUUGUUGAUGUUAUGAAACAUCUGAGAUUCGAUUGUCGGAUGGACUGCACGUUUCCUUCCAACCGAACAUUCGUUGUGUUUUUCGCAUUCAAAAAUGGGAGUGAGUCGUUAACGAGUGAGACUCGUGUGUGGAUCACGUCACGCCCGGUUGUGUACGUCUCCAAUGCACCAAUCACAGUGUUGUAUACAGAAGGUAGUCAACCUGUUUUCUUAUUUGGAAAUUCGUCUCUCACUGUGGGAUUCAACAGACAGCGAUCAUUACGAAGUCUUUACAUUCGUCUCACGUUGCUUGACAUUUUGGAUGUACAACAGGAGACAUUGAGUGUUAACGCCACGAAUGUUCAUGCCACGUUUAAUACAACAAACGUGACGAGUACGCUCACACUUUUAUUCCCUGGGAACACGAUGGACACGGAUGUUGCUAAUAUAUUGAGACUCAUUAGAUAUUAUAGCAACGGAUCAUGUCCCCACAGCGGCAUUCGACAUAUCGAGGUCGUCAUCUCGAACGGUCGUCUGUCGAGCGAUCCGGUUGUGAUCCGCGUCGACGUUCGUACAUCGCUCGUCAUUGCCGACAUUCCACGGAAAAAAUAUUGGCAAGUUGAGUUUGGUCGUCCCGUACGAUUAGCGGAGAUGGCCGUGUUAAAACGAAGAGAUAAACGAGACGCGUCGCCUGUGUAUCGAGGUCGAGUUCGAUACAUUAACUUCAUGUCACGUGACUGGACAACGGAUCCUCUCACACGACUGCAAUGCAGCAAGCUCACUAAUCCGGUUACCAAACUGUUUUCUUGUAUCGACUUUGGAUCGUCAAUGCCUGUCAAUCUCAUUAAAAAUGGAAUCUUUCAAGGCGUGGUUGAGACUCUUGGUGACAUACAAAGAUACAACUUUUCUGCCGGAUUGAAGCUUACCGUACUUUCUGAUCAAGUGGUUGUUGCUCCGUGGAGUCUCUCAGUUUGGCUAUUACUCAACUCACCAGACAAUCAUCUGUUGAUAACAAAAUUUGAGAAAAACACCAUGGAAACGAUUUAUCACAUCGAUGUGUGUUUUGAUGGAGUGACGUUUGUGUAUACCUCGACACUUAAUGUGUCUGUGACUGCUACGUUUGCGUAUCCGUUGUUGCUGAAUGUGUCGUUAUGGCAUCAUUUUGUGUUGAUAGCCGGCAGUUUGGGAGUUCAGGGAUACGUUGAUGGUCAAUGUAUUGAUGUGAUGAGCAUGAAAUUGGACAAUGAGACAAUUUCUAGUCACAGUUCGAAGCGGCUGCCUUCUCCCUUGGAUCAGACUGGACAUCUGGAAAUGAGUGUUGUGCAUCCUUUGUCUAACACUCCUGCAGUCUCUCUAGCUGGUGUCAUGAUGUCCAACCGUGUGUUUACAGAUUUACAAGUGAAAUGUGCUGCAGGCUGUGAAGAGCAGCUUCAUGUCAAUACAGACAUUAUCCCAUACAAUCUAUUAAAACAGCUCAAACCAGUGUUUAGUAAUGGUGGACAAAUGCUGUCUUUGUCUGGUCCUGCGUCUCUCGAUGCGUACACUCUGCUCCUACAAAGUCUUUCCUAUGUGACCUUUGCAAACCCUCCAGAUGAAUCUCCUCGCAGCAUCAAGUUCUACAUAUCAGACAAAACGUUCAGAGUACACCACGACAUGCAACUCGUACACGUUUGCAACGCAACUGAGAAUUGUGGGAAUGCAGUGAACGUGACUUGUGAAAUGGUCAAUGCAACAACACAUCAAUGCAUAUGCCCGAUGGCAUCCACAAUAUUUGAUACAAAAACUCAAACGUGUACACCACUGGUCAGUUGUGCAGACGAGGGAGUGACGUGUGGUAACAACUCACUGUGUGUUGAAAUCAGUGAGAUCGAACUUUUAUGCAACUGCACUUCCGGAUUUAAAAAAGAUGGCAACUCUAAUUGUGUUGAUAUCAAUGACUGUGUGGCUAAUGUUUGCCACAAUGGAGGCACGUGUGUUGACGGUGUGAAUGCAUUCGUUUGUGUUUGUCCAUUCAACUACAAUGGCAGCAAGUGUGAUGUUCUGAACGACAUGUGUCUUCCUUUGUGUGUCAAUGGACGAUGUCAAGGCAACAGAUGUGUGUGUGAUAGUGGCUAUAGUGGGUUACAGUGUGAUAUUGAUAUUAAUGCUCAAUGCACAAAGACGAGUUGUUUAAAUGGAGGAACGUGUAUCGAAGUGGACGACACGUAUCAGUGUUUGUGUUUGUCUCGGUUUGAUGGAGCAAGAUGUCAGUCCAAUAUCACGGAAACGACAGGUGAUGCAUUUUCAGCUACAGUUGUGGUUGCUAUUGGAGUAUCUAUUGGUACAGUUGUCGUUCUUCUCAUUGUUAUCAUCGCCAUUUUUAUUACACUGAGAAAACGACGGACAAACAGUUUGAUGGUCGAAGGCCAAAGAAGAAUGCGUUUUACUUACAGUCAGUAUCUUGGAGAGUCACAUUUUAGUUCUCGAAAAGCAUCCAGGAAAUCGUAUGCUGUUGUUCAACCGAAAGCAAAUCACUCUGAUUUGAAGAAAGAUUUGAGACCCACUGUACGUCGUCUGUCGAUGGCAUUUGAACAUGGGGAAACAGGCAGCGUGUUUGGAUCUAUUUCCGGGUCUCUACAUGAAAUGAGCAUGCCUGGACUGUUCAGACCACGAUCUAACACUGAUACAUCCGAGUUCUUCCGACCAGCCACUGCUCUUCCUAAUGUAGACGAGAGCACAACUGGCAACAUAAUCAACAGUAACUUCACAGCAGACGAUAUCUUAGAGAGCAACGAAGAUCAACUAGACGACAAACCAGACGAGAUCACAGAUGACGAUGAUGACGACAGCACAUACAUUAACAAUUUUGAGAAAAUUAUUGAAAACUUUGGUAAUCCGGACAGCAACUCAAUUGGUCUCCCUGGUCACAUUGAAUCAAACAACAGUCACAGUGAUGAUAACAAUGACACUACCAGUGAGGUAAUGCACGAGUCACCAACUAGCAAGUCACUUCUGGAGGCUAUUGAGCCAACAAAUGAGGGAUUAUUGACACCAGGGCAGGUGAGAGCUCGACAGCAAGCGAUUGCCAUGCUUAGCAACUUUAGUUGGCCAGACGUGUCCGAUGAUGGAGACGAGAGUGACAACAGUUGAUCUACAUACAUAGUACACACAUGGAUCCGGAUCACAAGUACAAGACCAGAUGCUCAGCAAUUAAUGUAAAUUGAAAUCAAGUAUUACAGAUUAGGAGACACUUAGUUCAAUACCAUGCAGUUCAGAUACAAUCACAAAUUCUGUGAUUUUAUUGCAGUUAUUGAUAUUAAUUGUACAAAUUGCAUACGACAAUAGAGUUAAGUAUUAGUGUACAUUCUUCAUGUAAUGAUAACAAAGAUGCAUAUGUUGAUGUGAGUUUGGUGACAAAUGGUUGGGAGACAACAAGGUAAACAGAAGGACAGA